CGCGGCCCCGCCCGGGCCCGUCCCGGCGUGCCCCGCGCGGCGGGUGAGAGGUCGCGGCGGCGGCGGCGGGCCCAUGGCGGCGGCUUGAGGCGGCACCGGCUCCGCUCCCGCUCUCCGACCAUGCACAGCCUGGCCACGGCCGCGCCUGUGCCAACAGCACUGGCUCAGGUUGACCGUGAAAAGAUCUACCAAUGGAUCAAUGAGCUGUCCAGCCCUGAGACACGGGAGAAUGCACUGCUGGAGCUCAGCAAGAAGCGUGAGUCUGUGCCUGACCUGGCCCCAAUGCUGUGGCACUCAUUUGGCACAAUUGCAGCACUCCUUCAGGAAAUUGUAAAUAUUUACCCAUCAAUCAACCCUCCAACUUUGACAGCCCAUCAGUCCAACAGAGUCUGCAAUGCUUUAGCUCUACUACAAUGUGUUGCAUCACACCCUGAAACUAGAUCAGCUUUUCUGGCAGCUCAUAUUCCUCUCUUCCUGUACCCCUUCCUGCACACAGUCAGCAAGACUCGUCCGUUCGAGUACCUGCGGCUCACAAGCCUCGGGGUCAUUGGGGCCUUGGUGAAAACUGAUGAGCAAGAAGUGAUAAAUUUCUUACUGACAACAGAAAUUAUCCCCCUGUGCUUACGUAUUAUGGAGUCUGGCAGUGAGCUCUCCAAAACGGUUGCUACGUUUAUUCUUCAGAAAAUCCUCCUGGAUGACACAGGGCUGGCAUAUAUCUGUCAGACUUAUGAGCGGUUUUCCCAUGUUGCCAUGAUACUGGGUAAAAUGGUCCUGCAGCUCUCCAAGGAGCCAUCGGCACGGCUGCUGAAACACGUUGUCCGCUGCUACCUUCGCCUUUCCGAUAACCCCAGGGCACGUGAAGCUCUCAGGCAGUGCCUUCCUGACCAGCUGAAGGACACCACCUUCGCCCAGGUCCUGAAGGAUGACACCACCACAAAACGCUGGCUGGCUCAGCUUGUCAAGAACCUGCAAGAGGGUCAAGUCACUGACCCACGGGGCAUCCCCCUUCCUCCGCAAUGACUGCUGGGGGAGGUGGGGCACUGGGGAAGAAACAGCUCAGGUUUACAAAGAACCAGGAACAGGUGACCUCUUCUGCAACAAACUGGGCACGCCAGCUGGCUGCCGGCCUGUCGGACCAUCCCACCCAGCCAAAGGGCUGCUCUGUAGCAGUGCAGCAAGCCUCCGGGGAUCGCAACACCAGCAAAUGCUGAUACUACAGCUUCAAAAAAAAAAAAAAAAAUCAAUAAAAACAAUCUGUAUAGAUCCCAGUCUCUCCGGGAGGCUUGGGUGGCAUCUCUUCCCCCACCCCUAGGCAGGGGGUAGUGCAGAUGGCCACUCUUCCAGCAAACUCAGCCUCCGCCCAAGUGGUGCACGACAGCGGGUAUGCACACCACGUCCCUCCAGUUCCUUGUCACUUCUUGUUUACAUGUCUGUUUAGAUGAGUGAACUGAAUAAAAGCUGAUCCAGUUGUUCUAUCCCCUCCUAAUACUGCUACUCAGCUGCAGGUAGCCCAGGGACAGCUUUUUUCCCUGCCAGCACAUCCUUUCUCCUGGCUCUGCAUCUGUCUGGCACAGUGAGCUUCUCGCUUCCUUUCCUUUGGUGUGGCUGCAGUGAGGCCACUGCGGUGCUUGCCCCAAGGGAAGGGUGGGAUUACUUGCAAUGAGCCCAUGCGUCAUAAGGUUGCUUCCCGGGGCUCUGGGGAAGACGAUCGCAGGAUUGUGCCUCUUGUGCUGUAAAUAGUGCACUCCCACAGCUGACCAGCGGCCAGAGGCUGAUGUGUGCUGGCCUCUCAUCUAGACCUGGGAAGGCUGCUGGCUGGCUUAUCACAAGGAGCUCAGUGUGAGGGCACCUGCCUUGAGGUGGUGGGCAGGCCACUGACUGAUCCCCUGCUGCCUGCAGGCUCCAGGUAUGCUGCCUUCUGUACCCGCUGCUGCCUGCCAGGCGCCUCUCAGUCCCGUGCCCUCCCUUCCCCCCUCCUCCCGCUCCUCCCUGCCAGCCAGGUGCAUCCAUUUCAGCUUUGAAACCUGCCUUGGCAUCUGCCAUGGCCCCACUGGACCAGCAGCCACUUACCUGCCACCCCUGUGCCAAGUGGCUAAUGCAGCUGCAGCAGACUCUCGGAAGCAGUGGAGGAGCUCCCAGGCUCUGCGGCAACAAAGCUUGCUCUUGGCUGCAGGCAAGCCCGGGCAGCUACUUAAUUUCUCCCCCCUCUUCGAGUAGCCCAUUUUGCUGAUCAUCUGCAGUGUCGUGCCAACAGUGUCUUAAAUCCCACCAUUUCCCUUCCCUCCUCCUCUCACAGCCUUGCAUAACAAGGGCAGAGCACAGCCUCUUCCUUGCCCUCGGGUUCCUGUUUUAUAACCAUUGCCUUUUCCCUCCUUUUCACCCUGACCUUGCCAGGGUGUGAAAAUGCUUCUGUUUGGUUCGUUUGUUUUGUUUUGUUUUGUUUUGUUUUUUUAAUUCGGAUUAAUAAAUAAUAAAACCCCAGCCAGCA